CGACUUUGUGUAACUACAUCUUGUGAUUAUUCAUUAACACAGGUGACUUAACACUCAACACAACAGUUUGAGGUUUACGCUCAUCUAAAAUGAUUUGGGACUAACAAAAUAGCUGUCUUCUUGCUUGGACCUCAUCAUGUCUUCUGUUCUGCCCCUGAGAAAGCACAGUUGCCAUGACAACACAGAAACUUAGACAUGGCGUCCCUGUUAACAGACCCGUUGUUUGAGAAGUCCGGACGCGGUCCUCCACCAAAUAAGAACUUUUAUCAUUUUGCUAUCACCAAGUCAGGAGUGAUAUGGAGAUGGUGGAAGAUAUCUUGCAGAAUUGUGGACAGAUACUCCAAACCUGGGGAGCUGAAAGAGUCUCACCAGGACUACUUGGAUGACACUUGGCUACAGAGUGAGAUCAGUAUGGUUUUUGGUCGUCGAAUCUUGCAGUACACCAAGGCUUUGUGCCAAGGCCAUUAUGACUAUCUGGAGCGCCUGUCUGACUCCUUACUGCUGCGGAUAAUAAAUGAUCUAGAGCUGGAGGACGUGGGUCAGCUUGGACGAACAUCACCCAGGUUCAGGAAGCUGUGUGGCUCUGAGGAGUUUUGGGAGCAGGCGGUGCAUCGGCGCUGCAACACAGUGUCCCUUGAAGUAGCAUCUCUGGCGCUGGAGGUGGGCUGGCGCAGCAUCUUCUUCACCAGCAAGCUACAGCUGCAGAAGCUGAUCAGCCGCAGGAGGCUGAAGGCCGAGGAGCCACAAAAAAGACAGCUCUCUGACCCAGAUAUAAAGGCAGAGGAAUCUCCGGGUGACGGCUCAGAGAUAGAUCAGACAUCUGGAUCUGAGGAGGAAUCUCCCCCUGGCAUUAUCCCAAAACUAAGCCUUGGCACAGAUCCUGGAGCUGGCUCUGACUGCAGCUCCUGCUGUGAUGUUGACCCUGAGUCUGAUUUAGAGGAUUGCUUUGAUUCCAGCGUGCCUGCACUUUGCCAACUGUUUGAGCCAACAGGAAAACCCUGUAUAGAAACAUCUGUGCAGACCAGUGCGCUGAACAACAGCAGAGGAGACUGCUGUGCAGAGCCAGAUAAACUAUGAGUUCAUCCUUUUGUCAAAGUUGGCAGGUAUUCAAUUCAUGCACAUUAGUUAUCUCUAAAUCGGUUGUGUAUUGAUGUAUUAAAUAUAUUAUAUUCUUGAUAUUUGUCAAAUAUGAAGGAUUUUUUUAACUGAAUCUUACCUAUGUCCAUCCUCUCAGGAUAUUUGGGGAAAUACCACUUAGUUUGUUCAUUGUGCCAUGGUUCUUCUUAUUUAAUAUAAAUGAAAUCCUCCAACAAAAAAGACAGGAUAUUGUAUAUGGUACUUAUUAUUCAUUGUUAUAAAAAAGUUAUUUACAAUGUAAGUAGUAAAUCUCAUGUAAAUGUAAUAUACAAAAUGCACUUUCAUUGUCUGUGGCGUUUCAUUCCUGUAGAAGUUUUAAACCUCAAAUUUCUGUCAACUUUCCAAUGACACUCAACAAAAACACGGUAAAUAAAGCUUUUUGUUUUAA